UUCACAUUUCUAUAUCAUGUGAGCUGUCUCGUUUAAAUUUAAAGCUUCUCUUCGAAAAUUUUUUGCCUAAGUCCCCUAAAGACUUUUUUUUAAAACAGUUUUUUUUUAAACGUUUAUUGAAAAAAAAAAAAAAAAGUCGUCUGCGUUAUUAGCCGCUGGAUAUUAUAACUGCGUGAGGCUAAUGAGGCUAGGCUAACGUGCUAGCCGUGCGUUUAGCAACCGUAUUUGGCAACGCGAGACAAUUGAAGUCGAGCGGAUUAAAUCAUGUCGCCGUCGUCCUGAGACUCAUCUCAGCAGGUCCUGCUUGGUGUCAUGUCAAAGUGCCGUUUGUGAGUAAUUAACGUCAGUUCUGAACGUGCGUGUCGGCAGCGUGGAGACAUGAACACGCCGUUAGGCAGGAACGGGUUAAUCGGGCUCGCUGUCGGAGCUACAGCCGGCUUGGGCUUGAUUGCCUUCAUCAUUUACAAGGAGAUGAGCAGGAGAAGAUCCCAGAAGCUUGUGAUGGAGGCCCGGCCAGCUCCCAGGCUUUUCGACGGGCCGGAUGGAGCAACGCUGCUGAGGGAGACGCUGGAUGCUGAGGAGAUGGAGGCCGAGCAGCAGGCUCUGGCGGCAGUGGAGGCAGUGGUCCAGGGACUUUCCCCGGAGCAGCAGGUGGAGCUCAGGAAUCAGCUGGACCAGGUGCUGAACUGCGUGGCCUCUCUGCGCUCAGAGGUGGCUGAGCUGAGGGGCGGCCUGCAGGACAUUGCCCUGCAGAUCAUCCAGGAUGUCAAGAAGGGAGUGGAGGACAGUCAGCGGGUACGUCGGAGGCGCCAUUUUGUCCACAGAGAGCGCACCGACUCCACCAGCUCCAGCUCCAUCUACUUCACUGCUAGCCAGGGCAUGGCCAGCGCCUAUGAAGAGACCAGUGAGGGAGGGUACUCUACGGCCUAUGCUGAGUCAGACUACACCGAUCGUGACACGGACAAGGAGGAGUGUGAGCGGGAGCCUGAACAAGAGUCUGAGGAAGAAGAGGACAAGAGCUGUGCCACGGUCCUCACCCUCCGCCAGGAAGACUCUCAAGAGGACGAGGUAGAGGAGAGAGGGCUGGAGGAGGAAGACGAGGAGGGCGAGGAGGAAAAUGAUGAGGGGAGGCUGCAGCUGGUGACGGAGGUUCCCAAUGGGGAGCUGGCUCUCCUCCUGGCUCAGAGCGACAUCCUCCACACAGGAGACGCCAGCUUAAAAGCAGAAGGGUUUCGGCUGCUGCUGGACAACAGAGCUGAGCAUGGCGACAGCAGGGAGUUUCUGUGGCGCCUGGCUCGAGCCUACAGUGAUAUGUAUGAAUCCACUGAGGACAAACAAGAGAAGAAGACCUACGCACAGCAAGGUCGAGAGGAGGCGGAACUGGCCCUGAAGAAGAACGGCCUGAACGCCGAGUGUCACAAAUGGUUCGCUGUGCUGACAGGACUCACCUCCCAGCAUGAGAGCAUGCAUGGCAAACUGAAGAGUAGUCACAUACUGAAGGAGCAUCUGGAAAGAGCAAUUGCCCUCCGAGACGACGACCCCAUGUGUUUCUAUCUGCUCGGCAGAUGGUGCUACGAGGUAGCCACCCUGGACUGGUUGGAGAAAAAGGCAGCCGCCGCCCUCUACCAGAGUCCCGUCACCUCCACGCUGCACGAUGCCCUUGAGAACUUCCUCAAGGUACGACUUCCCACAGACGCUUACUGA